AUGAGUCUUAAUGCUUUCGGUGGUCUUGUUACUGCUUGGGAAUUAAUUACACCAGCUAUUAUCAUAAUCUGGCAACGAAUAAAAUGGAAAAAACAACAAAGUCAACAAUCGACAACUACAGAAAAGACAUGUAUAGAAUUAGAAAUUAUAAAAAUGGCACCAAAACCAAUUCAUAAAGCUGUAACUGCUCAUGUUCAUCGAACGAUUCAUAAUUUUAAUUUGUUUUCAUCGGACAAGCAAAAUGAUCCUGAGGAAGAACGUAUCGGUAUCAUUGCUACUCGUCUUUAUAUUUUCUUAAUAUUUGUCAGUCUUAUAAUUCUUGGUUUUUACACAUCUUUCUUAAAACACAAGUAA